GUUCAGAAGGGACUUUAUGUGUCCAGCCUUGGCAUAAAAGCAGAGAGAUAAAUCCUCUGUGUUUGAUUGACAGUGCUGCCAUGACAACCCCGCAUCAGCUCCAGAGUGGUCCAAUGAGGAGUCGGAUUCAGGGUCCCUCCCUGACUCCCAGGUGAGCUAAAGAGUCCGACUUCAGCCGAUUUCUGUCAGACAGUUUCCGAAACACGCUUCGUCUCCUCUCGGGCUCCACUCACUUAUCCAGAUGGUUUUCAGAUCGCCGCUCGACUUUCUCUCAGCCUCCCGUCUCCUCCUGCCGCACUUCGCGGAUGGGACCCCUGUGCUGGCCCGCUCCCGGUCCCCGGAGGACCCUCCCUCCCCCUGCCCUCCUCUGGCCCUCCCGGGACUGUGUUUUUCUGCGGCGCAGAUCGCCAGCGUGUGCGAGACUCUGGAGGAGACCGGAGACAUCGAGCGGCUGGCCCGCUUCCUCUGGUCCCUCCCGGUGACCGCAGACGGCCGCGACUCCAUCUCCGAGCACGAGUCCGUGCAGCGGGCUCGCGCCGUGGUGGCCUACCACACCGGGAGCUUCCGCGAGCUGUAUCACAUCCUGGAGACGCACCGCUUUACGCGCGCCUCGCACGGUAAACUGCAGGCAAUGUGGCUCGAGGCUCACUACCGGGAGGCAGAGAAGCUCCGGGGGCGGCCGCUCGGGCCGGUGGACAAGUACCGCGUGAGGAAGAAGUUCCCGCUACCGAGGACCAUCUGGGACGGCGAGCAGAAGACGCACUGUUUCAAGGAGCGCACACGGGGGCUGCUGAGAGAGUGGUACCUGCAAGACCCGUACCCGAACCCCGGCAAGAAGCGGGAGCUGGCGCACGCCACGGGACUGACACCGACUCAGGUUGGGAACUGGUUCAAAAACCGGAGACAGAGGGACCGGGCGGCAGCAGCCAAAAACAGGUUGCAGCACCACCGGAUGUGCCCAGACGGUGCUCGCGCACUCGGCGAAGGAGAGUGCAGUCCAAACGGGAGCGCAGAGCGCGCGGAUGGACAAACUCUUCUCUCAGUAACGGACAGUGACUCUGACUUGGAUGUCUGAGACUUUCAAUCCGUGAAAUGGACCGUUAGAGGCCUGUGAUGGUCCCCCCGUGGAUUACCGGAGAGAGGAGGACCACGUGUGCGGACCAAGGCUGGUCAGGGUUUUGGGUUGCAAUCCAUAUUCAGGCCAUAAAACAUCUCAAUCCUAAAUAUUACCCCCCAGACCGUUAAACAGACGAUGUAAACGCAGGUUACGUGGCUCUUUGGUUCCUUUUCUUCUUUGUUUCCUGAGCAUAGAAGGGAUGGCGUGAAAGAUCCGUCUGUGCUGUCGGUUUGAUGCAUUCCGUUGAUCACCAGCUGCAGAUCGGACCCGCACUUCUGAUUUCUAACUACAUCCCUGGGUGGGGACAGGGCAGCAUCUGUUUGCCGCAGCUUACACCGUCAGCCUAAUUCAACAGACAUCAAGCCAUGGACCCCUGUUGGACUUUCACUCAGGGACCCCCGCAUAGGAGGAGCCAAUCACUCUCAUGUUCUCUAAUUAUGUGUCAGUCAUUUAAAAAACAAACAAAAUGAAACUAGUUGUUUCUUUAGAAGCCCCUGAAGGACCUCUGGAUUACCACUGCGUUAGACAAUCAAAACACACUGAAGCCUACCUCCCUGUAUGGCUGUUUGUAUGUUUAUGAAAUUUUUGUUUGUUUGUUUGUUUGUUUUUGGCUCUUUACCUUCACUUCUACUUUAUUUAAAGUUCACAGAGUUCAUUGU